GACCGUCGCCGCCCUCGGCCUCUCGUACAUCAGUGUCAGUUCGGUGCUAAGUGCAAUAACGUGAUUAUAACACGGGGACAGAUAUGUGAAUUACAACCUGUGCCCACAAACAGUAAAUAUGCGACAUAAUGAAUCCGCGCGCAAAAUGAAAUAGUUAGAGUGAGCGGUGGCCCCCGGCAUGAGGUCGGGGGAGGGCGAGGGCUCCGAGCUGGCGGAGUUCGGCACGCGCUGGCCGCCGCCCUAUGCGCAGGGCUACGGCUGGCGCUCCGCCACGCCUCAGCACCCACCUGCACAUCAUCUCGCGAGGCAUUCGCGCUCGCAGCAGUGGUUGCAGGACAACCGGCAGAGCUAUGAAGCGGAGGAUGCGCGAGCGCGGGCCCGCGGCGGGGUGUACUACUCGCCGCCAGGCACCUCGUACACCAUCGUGGAGAGACCGGCCUCCUCGCAUGGCCACCACCCGGCGUACUCGCACCACUACUCGGGAAAAUUAGCACGGACCCCCUAUGUCGGAUCCUCGACGUUAGCUAAUAGUGCGGCUGGUGCUACAAGUUUAAGGAACAGUACAAAUCACCUAAGCGCUUCCAAUGGCAAGAAGAGGCCGAUAGCUCCGCUGCCGGCGCCUUUACCAACACGACGACAUUCUCCAGCCAGCAGUCCCAGCAGUACUACACAUCAUGCGAUAUACCGAGGGGUGGAGCGGGAAAGGCCGUAUUCCUCGGGCGGAGCGCCGGCGCCGCCGACGGAGCCGGCCACCCGCACCGUCACCAUGAGCAGGGACCCCGCUGAUUCGCACGGCUUCGGGAUAUGCGUGAAAGGAGGUAAAGAAGCAGGUGUCGGAGUAUAUAUAUCACGAGUUGAAGAAGGUUCAGUGGCAGAGCGCGCAGGGCUGCGCCCCGGAGACUCUAUACUGCAAGUCAAUGGCACUCCCUUCUCCGGAAUAUCACACGAGGAUGCACUUAAGAUGUUGAAAUCAUGUCGUCAACUGACGAUGGUGGUAAGGACAGCUGGUGCGUUGGUGGGUCGCGCGUCGUGCUCCUGGAUGGACCGGUACGGGCGGCCAGCGUCGCCGCCGCCGCUGCGCCCACCGCGCUCUGCUAGCAAGGACCGAUCGAUACGAAGGGUGGAUCUAUGUAUCGAACCGGGACAGUCGUUGGGGCUAAUGAUAAGAGGCGGGUUGGAGUACAAUCUUGGAAUUUACAUCACGGGAGUAGAUAAAGACUCCGUUGCAGAUAGAGCGGGACUAAUGGUUGGUGAUCAGAUAUUAGAAGUCAACGGCCAGUCCUUCGUAGAUGUGACACACGAUGAAGCAGUCGCACAACUAAAGUACCACAAAAGAAUGUCUUUGCUGGUGAGAGACGUGGGCAAGGUCCCUCAUGCCUGUACAGCAUAUGGGGAACGAGAAGCGGCCCCCAGGAUAAGCGGUUGGGGCCGGCGGAGAGGAGCGGCAGCGGUUGCUGUAGAACAAAAAGCCAAGUCUCUAUUGCCACAGAGUGAUUUGCCUGCACUUGCCUACUAUAUGGAGGAGUAUGCGACGAGGAGGCUCACUCCGGAUUCAUUUCUAACGGUGCUCAGAGACCUGCUGGACACUCCACAAAAGUACUCCCUUCUGACGGAAAUUCGGGAGUUUUUGUUACCCGAAGACCGGCCAAGGUUUGAUGAAUUGGUAUACAGGAGGGACGAACCGCCACCCGACCACCAUUUAAAGCGCGGCGGCGAGCGCCACAUGCUGCCGUCCUCAACAAUGCAUGAUCUACACGACCCGGAGGUGCCGCCGGAGGUCCCUCUAGUGGUGGACCACCGCUCGCCCUCUGAGGACUCCGGCUUGGGUCUUCCGCCCCACGACACCUACAGGAGCGGGCGCGCCUGGCGGGCGACCGACGCGCCACCAAUGGACGACGACCUGGAGCCCCCACAUGAGGAGUACGAGGAAGAGGGUCGACGUUCGAGGCGCCAUUCAUCACCAUGUAAUUCAAGAGAAGGGAGCACCACUGCGCUACACACGCAGCAUUACGACGACACUGACCAGUGCGGCUACCUCGAGGGGCUGCGCUCAUCACUCGGUGGCUGGACGCAGAAAGUUAAAUCAUGGUACUGGGGACGACCUCUAGAACUAGCACACAAAUUAUCGCGUAGUUUCGACAUGAAGGAAGAGGGUGGUGCUUUGUUAGAAGAUCGGGGAGGCAUACGAAGGCAUCAAUCUAUGCAACGAUUACAACACGGGGAAGGCCAAGGGGACGAAAAUCGUUCUGCAAGAGUUGUUCCAGACCAUCACGGCAAUCUACACAUUACUGUCAAGAAGACUAAACCGAUCCUGGGUAUUGCUAUCGAAGGCGGAGCGAACACUAAACAUCCGCUGCCGAGGAUCAUUAAUAUUCACGAGCACGGUUCAGCUUACGAGGCGGGUGGCUUGGAAGUGGGUCAAUUAAUACUAGCGGUGGACGGACAUCGCGUCGAGGGAAUGCAGCAUCAGGAAGUGGCGAGGCUUAUUGCCGAAUCGUUUGCACAGAGAGAUAAACCAGAAAUCGAAUUUCUAGUUGUGGAGGCGAAAAAGUCGAACCUGGAACCAAAGCCAACCGCACUCAUAUUUCUGGAGGCCUAACAUCUACUGUCCCUCCCCGCCAGCGACCCGCCGGCCGCGCUGGGCAGCGCGACGCCGGGGGUCGACCUCACCGCGCACACCACGGAAUAGCCAACUCCAACCUGCGCUGCCACAUGCUCUUCUAAACGGCAUACUGAUUCCAUACACGCCUGCGUCUUUUUUCCGAGCAAACAUUGCGACGUGACUCCAGUAUCGCAACUACUUCCAGCGAUUAUUAAGAAAAUGACAAUUGCUCGUUUAUCACGACAGGCGUUAUGGCUGUAUACGUUCGCUCUACGAAUUCAAAUCCGAAUGAAUGAAUGAAAUUAGACGUGCAACGGACUGAAAUGAGAAAGUCACGCAGGUUCUCUGAAGGCUUAUACAAAAUUAAUGGCACAAGGGAGGCGAAUAAACAUGUAAAAAUUAAAUAUGAAAAAAUUAAUCACAAAGCACACUGCCCAAUAAAUCGGUUCUCGAAAUGAAACGUCCCACUUCACCACCGGGAUUUUAUGGGUAGUUGAACAAAUUUUGGAAAUUGUUUUCUAGAAUGUAGAAAUUACCAAUUUUACCAGUAGAUCGUGACUGAAUUUUAUAAAAAUGUUCUACUUUUACUAAAGCAUUAUAAAUUACUCUAAAACAUUUUAAAUUCAUAAUUUCACGAGUAAAAUUCGCAGGUAGGUUUGUUCGAUACAUCACGAUUAAAAGAAUAGAACUAGAUUGUAAAGACGCGACGAUAACAUAGUUUUGCUAACAUAGAUUGGCAUUGGUGCUACGGGUAACUGAUCAUCUUAAAUAUUGUUUUAUGACAUUCAAUCGCUUUCAUAGUACCAUCACUAAAGUUACUUUAGAGCUUCGCGUACAUUCCAUUAAAGGUUUCGCGUCAUCCAUGUGCCAUCAACGUUGCAUCGAGUACUGUUUAAUACGCGGGUCAUCUCAUCCCAGGUCGUUGUAUUGACGGUAAAUUAGAUAGGCCCUAGAGCAUCAUCAUGUCAGCAGUAGAGCAGAGCUUGUAGCACGCGGCGCUCACUGAGCAAGCUGUUUGCAGUUACGACCAACAUCAACAUCAACAAUCGACUGACACAAUACUUUCAAUCAUAAACACUUAAUAAUGCCGAUGAACACGUAUGAUAUAUUUUAGAAUGAUAACUUAACUAAAGUAAUUACAUAAUUUUUCCGACCAUCCUCAAUUAUAGUCCAGUUUGCUUGGUAAGUAAAACAUAGGAGCGCCUAGCAUGUCAUUCCACAAGGUAGUUAAGCGGUGAGUUUAGGAGGUUAUGGCGGAGAGGGAUUUAGCCCACUCUUUUAUUUAAUGUAUACAAAUAGUUAAUUAAUUGGUGUGUGCAAUAUAUAAUCAAUUUUAUGUUACAUGUUAGUUAUUAAUGACCCUGUGUCAGUUUGACGUCAGUCCUAAUUUAUAUAAAGAUACAAAAACAUGGCUAUUAGUUGAACUGCUUAAAGUAAAUGCAAUAGCUGAAAUUAUAUUCAGUCUUUUCAAUAUCUAAAGGUCAAGAACCUAAUCAGAGAAUAACAAAAAUAUGAGCGUAUUGUAAAAGGCGAUAUCAUAAAUUACAAAAGUAAUGAUAUGAAGAGACUGAAUGGAAAUUUACUUUCGUUUAUAAGUUGUAUUCGGCUACCAAAAAUAAUAAUUAAUCAGUCAUUGUCGUUUUCGCUGAAGCUUGUAGUCGAUGUACAUGUGUAGAUAAUGUAUUUUCACUACUAUAUAACCCACAAAUGUACCUACCUAUUUACUAUAUAAGUGUUGUAUUCAGGCAUAUUUAAUGUUUUAUCUGAGAUGCAUUUAAAUUGUAAAUAUAAUAUAUAUAAUGUGCUCGUUCAAUAUUACAUAAGCUGUAAAUACGAGUAACUGUAAAAUAUUUAUAUAUCUACUAUGAAUAUUUCAAGUUAGUGCCAAAAGCAUACAAUCCUUCAACUAUGUAUUGUACAGUAUAAAGACGGAUGCAGUUUUCUAUUCCGAAAUUAUAGACCGCUAUUUCACAAGAUACGCUUUUUAAUAUUAGGAUUUGUAUAAUUAGCUAUAUAAAUGGACAAAAUAUAAACGGCAUAUAUUUAAUUUAUUUUUAAAUAUAUUUUAUUGUAAAAAUAAUAUUAUAUAUUAAGAAAUUGCAUGUUCUAUUCAUAUAAAGCUUAUAGAUCAUUUUAACCAUUAAAACACAUUUAACGUUUGUAUAUUUAAGAAAUUUAUAUUUUACUUAUUCAUUUGGACGGUUAUCUUAAAUUUUUUUAUAAGUAAUUAAUCACAAUAAGCAAAAAUAAAAUGAAUUAUAAUAACAUAAACGAUCAGAAUUAUUGCAAUGCAGAUCGCUUAGUUUCUAAUUUUUGUUUAUUGGUAAGAAUAGAGAAGAAAUUACUUCAUUAUAAUACGUAGCUUGUGUCAUUGAAUUACAAUAUGAAGCGUUUGUAUUAUCUGAUUCUUUGCUUAAAUAUCAAUUAAUGUUUUAGGAAAUUGGUAUGUUAUAUUUUAUAAAGAUAUAGUACUUUAAAGUAUUCGCGACAAAUGUCAAUUCAUUUAACAAAGCAAUGUUAAAAUAUAUUUUAGUGUCUAUUUAAUAGGCAAUAUUAGUUUAGCCAUAACAAAUGAUAUACGUAUAAUAAAGCAUAUAACAAUCACUAAUUUAUUUGUCGUCUUGUCCACAAUAUAAAAACGAUAUGAAUCCAUAGUGCAGACUGUUAUAUUAAUUCCCAAGUCACUUGCACAAGAUGUUAUUAUGAAGCUGCCUUAACCGUUGUGCUAGGUAUAUUAAUUAAUAACAAAUAUGACAAAUGAUUAUUUUAAUAGAAAAAGUAUCUAUAUUUUCAUUUACACACAACUCUUAAACCCGUGUUAAAUAUUUAUAUUCUAAAAUGCAUAUAAAGCUAUCCAAUGAUGUUUUUUUUUUAUCUCGAUUUUAAUUGCUUCUCCAGCAAAUUCCUAUCUAUUCUAUACCGUCCAUUUAUUUUUCCUUAGUUAACCUAAUUAAUGUGAUUAUUGUGAAUAAUAUAAGGACUUAGCGCCUGAACGUUUUUAAACUUAAUUAGGUUAAAUACAAUUACCUAUACUUCGCGCUGGCAUUAUGUUGGAAAGAUCUAUAUUGUAGUUUGUUGUUAAGUUUGCCGUUGAUAACAAAAAUAUAUUGUUACCUAGA